CGGGGGGAGGGGUCAGGAGCGCCGCCGUACUUAAUGACUUGUCUCUCGGUGACUCGCGCAGAGGGGGAAGCGUCUGUGGUCGCACCGGUCCACACUCAAGCGCACACUGAACACACCGCGUCCUGACGUUACAUAACCAACGAGCGUUCAUCACUGAUUUUUCCAUGGACAUGACGUAUGACGUCAACGGCACUGAGAACUUCUCAGAGGAGUCCGGGGACUUCGAGAUGGACAUGGAGGAGCCAUGUGGCAGCGCGCUCAGCAACGACUUCAACAAGAUCUUCCUCCCGACCGUUUACGGAAUAAUAUUUGUCCUGGGGAUCAUUGGCAAUGGAUUAGUCAUCGCUGUCAUGGGCUACCAGAAGAAAGUCAAAACCAUGACGGACAAGUACCGGCUCCAUCUCUCGGUGGCCGACCUCCUGUUCGUCCUCACGCUGCCCUUCUGGGCCGUGGAUGCGGCCAGCAGCUGGUACGUUGGAGGUUUCCUCUGUGUGUCUGUGCACAUGAUCUACACCCUCAACCUUUACAGCAGCGUGCUGAUCCUCGCCUUCAUCAGCCUGGACAGGUACUUUGCAGUCGUGCGUGCCACCAACAGCCAGGCCACGAGGAAGCUCCUUGCGAGCAGGGUGAUCUAUCUGGGCGUGUGGCUGCCUGCUGCUGUGCUGACCGUACCGGACUUGGUGUUUGCCAGGGUGCACAGCACGGAGUCAUCGAACUUCAACCUCUUCACAGACGAAUCCACGGAGAUCGCAGACCCCAAGACCAUCUGCCAGCGCAUCUACCCGCAGGAAACCAGUCUCAUAUGGACAGUCGUCUUCCGCUUCCAGCACAUCCUGGUGGGCUUCAUCCUGCCAGGUUUGGUGAUCCUCAUCUGCUACUGCAUCAUCAUCGCAAAGCUGUCGCAGGGCUCCAAGGGCCAGUCGCUGAAGAAGAAAGCUCUGAAGACCACGGUCAUCCUCAUCCUCUGUUUUUUCUCCUGCUGGCUGCCUUACUGCAUCGGCAUCUUUCUGGACACCCUCAUGAUGCUGAACGUGGUCCCGUCCUCUUGCAAACUGCAGCAGGCGGUGGAAAAGUGGAUUUCGGUCACAGAGGCUCUGGCUUAUUUCCACUGCUGCCUGAACCCCAUCCUCUACGCCUUCCUGGGAGUUAAGUUCAAGAAGUCAGCCAGGAGUGCACUGACAGUCACCAGCAGGUCGAGUCAGAAGUCGUCCCUCAUGGCGAAAAAGCGAGGGCCGAUUUCAUCCGUGUCUACCGAGUCCGAGUCCUCAAGCGUUUUGUCAAGUUAACGAACAUUCGAACUCACCAUGAGUCCGUGACUUGACACUCUCAGGACAGAAGACUAAGCUUUAAUUCCGAAAGAACUACAUUUUGUACAAAUGUAAAAAAAAAAAAGAAAAGAAAAAACAAAGAGAAAGAGUGUUUGUACAGUUUCAUUUGUUGGCCUUGUUUACUGCAAUUGUGUGUCUUGUAAGGGAUUUUUAUUGCGAUUUUUCUAUGCAAGUUUUAUGUUCCUCAAAGCGGAUCGUGUCCUCAGGCAGUGCCUCAUUUCCAUUCAUUCAGCUGUGCAAACAAAAUCCCUUCUUCCCUGUUUUCAUCUUUACAAUUUGCGAUGCUGUAUCAAAGCUCAGGCGAACAAUGCCCCUCUUUAUUCUUUGUCUUUCUAUUAUCAGGGACGGUAGCUGCUCUUGGAAACCUGUACAUAGUUCGUAGCAUUUUUUUUGUGUGUGUCUGUGUGUGUUUCGCACUUAAGUCGUGUGAUUAUCUGAAAGCUGUUAUUUAUUGUUGUCACUCACACUGGAAGUUUUGUAUAAAAAAAAAGAAAGAAACUGCAUGCUGCUUUUUUAC